GGCUAUCAAUGUAUUUUAAACGGAUGGGCAACACAAUUCGGAGUUAUUCUCACUCGAGAGAGUGCUCACGCUACCCGCCGUCUCCAACUUGACACACCCAACAGGAAGAAAUGAGAGUCGUCGUUUUAUUCGGGCUGCUGUUGAUUGCGGCCAUUGGGAUGGCCGUCGAAGAGCUGAAAGUGGAGGAAAGCGGCCGUUGGUGGUACGCUCCGUCACGGAAGGCUCCGCUCUACGAACACAAAUACCAAGGGAUUCGGAACCAGUUGGUAAGAGCGGCCGCUAGACAAGGAGAGGACAUGCGACUACCCACAGAUGUCUUGCCCACAUCGUACACCAUUCGAUUGCUACCUUUUAUUGAAGUGGGCAAUUUCACCACGGAUGGCCAUAUCGAAAUAUUGGUCGAAUGUAAAAAGGUCACUUCCAGUAUAUCCAUGAACGCUGCCGCCCUCACCAUUGAUACCGCAUCAAUUACCGUCUUGGAUAAUGAGAACAACUCACCGUUUGAAGUGGUUAGCUUGAUUGACCAACAGACUGAACGGGAAAUUAUUACAAUUAAUUUGAAAACACCAUUGGUGGUCGGCAAAAAAUACAAGAUCUCGAUGAAAUUUGUUUCCAUCUUGAACGACGAACUGCGCGGAUUUUAUCGGUCAACUUAUGAAGAGAACGGCGUUACAAAGUACUUGGCAGUUUCACAAAUGGAGGCGCCCGAUGCACGUCGUGCUUUUCCUUGCUUUGACGAACCCAACAUGAAGGCCGUGUUCACAAUCAUUGUCGGUUACAAAAAUGAUACAAUGUCGGCCAUCAGCAACAUGCCUGUCAAUAAAACGGAACCCAUUGCAAAUAUGCCGGGCUACAUGUGGAACCAUUUUAAUCCGUCUGUGAAAAUGUCCUCUUACCUCGUUGCAAUGAUGGUCUCCGAGUUUGUGAGCGAAACUUCCAAUCCUGCAUUUAGUCCUGGAAUUGUAUACAAGAUCUGGGCAAGACCAAGUUUCCGCAACCAAACAGCAUAUUCCGCCGAAAUUGGCCCGAAAAUUUUGACCGAUUACGCCAAGAAAUAUUUCCUGAUUGAUUUCCCUCUUCCAAAAAUGGACAUGGCCGCUAUUCCUGAUUUUGCCGCAGGUGCCAUGGAGAACUGGGGUCUGGUCACCUACAGAGAAACAGAUUUGUUAUACGAUCCAAAACGGUCUUCGGCCUCGGCGAAGCAAAGGGUGGCCACCAUCAUCGCUCACGAAUUAGCUCACCAGUGGUUCGGUGAUUACGUAACAAUGGACUGGUGGAACGUCAUUUGGCUAAAUGAAGGUUUUGCAUCUUAUAUGGAGUAUCCCGGCACCGAUUAUGUUGAAACUGGAUUUGAAAUGAACGAACAAUUCACUGUGACUGAUUUGCAUUACGUGUUCGGCAUCGACGCAUUGGAGUCGUCACGGCCCAUCGAUUUCCAAGUUAAUACGCCCGACGAAAUCAAUCAAAUGUUUGACGCCAUUUCAUACGAGAAAGGCAGCUGUAUCAUCCGCAUGUGCGCCAACUUUUUGGGAGAACCAGUUUUUAGACGUGGCGUAACACGCUACCUAAACGCUCACGCUUAUGGUAAUACGGUACAACAAGAUCUGUGGAAAGCACUGCAACAGCAAGCGAAUCAAGAAAAUAUCGUUCUUCCGGACACUGUUGAAAAUAUUAUGGAAACAUGGACAAGACAAAUGGGUUUCCCUGUUAUCAACGUCACUAGGUCAUACAAUGCGAACAAUGGUGCUACCGCCUCGCAGCAAAGAUUCUUGUUGCGCAAGAAUCUAAAUUCCACUGACACAAACGUCUACAAAUGGUGGGUACCGCUCACCUACACCAACAACUUUUCAGCUCCAGCAGAGAGCUCUUGGCUGCCCGGUAGUAAUGACUCGAUUCAGAUUUCAAGACUCCCUGGCUCAUCAUCAAAUUGGAUUAUCUUUAACGUCGGUCAAGAAGGCUAUUACCGGGUGAUUUACGAUGAACGAAACUUAAAUAUGAUCCGAGAGCAACUGAUGAAGAGCCACACUGUCAUUUCGAAAAAGAAUCGAGCUCAAAUUUUGGACGAUUAUUUGAACAUGGCCCGGGCGAAUCUGACGUCCUACGUAUCCGCCAUGGAACUGACCCGCUAUCUCACCAACGAACACGACUACGCACCGUGGACAGCUGCUUCUGUGGCUCUCGAUUAUAUUGACGUCAUGUUUUAUGGUUUACGCGAUGAAAGAGACUGGAAGGAUUACAUGACCGGUUUGGUGAUUCCUCUAUACAAUCACGUAAAAUAUACCGAGAGUGCCAGCGACGUUCACUUGACAGUUUUCACGCGUUCUCAAGCUCUCAAUUGGGCUUGCGGCAAAUUAAAUAUUUCCGACUGUGUCCAGAACGCCGAUAGAGAUUACCAUACCUGGAUGGCCAACGACGCCAAAGAACUGUCGCCUAAUUUACGCCGAUUGAUUUCUUGCACGGCCAUUGCUGACGGAAGUCGACCCGAAUGGAAAUUUGGCUUCGAUAAAUACGUGAAUUCGACUUUGCCCAACGAGAAAACUGAACUGCUCCGAGCCAUCACUUGCACCGUGAAUGUCACCAUUCUCAACGAAAUGCUUGUUAUGAUGAUUACUAACAACUCGGAUAUAAGACUUCAAGACGCCAGUACCCUUUUCAGCAACAUUGCUGCCAAUCCAGUGGGACAUCAAGUGGCGAUGGAUUUCUUGACCAAUCGUUGGAAUGAAACCUCCGCUUAUUUCGGCGGCUUUCAAGGCUUCGGCGGAGGGACCAUGGCGAGACUUUUCCGCUCUCUUUGCAAUCGAGUCAACACUCAAGCGAAGCUUAAUCAAUUGAAGAAGUUGCGGAGCGAUCACCCGGCUGAAUUGGGUUCGUCCAAAUCAGUUAGCCAAGGAAUGGAAGUGGCUGAGGCCAACGUCCUGUGGGUUCAACAACAUUACGAUACCAUCGUCAAUUGGCUCAAGAGCCAACAAUCUGCAGCGACCACACAACCAACAGUUGCCACCACUCCUUCGACAGUUGCCACCACUCCUUCGACAGCUUCCAGUGUUUACCUUGACAACUUUUCCGCUUUGAUAAUGGCCGUAUUGGCUGGAUUCUGGAGUUUGACGCGUUUUUGUUCUUUUCCAUGAAACUUAGGAGACUAUAAAAGAGGGAGAUGCAAAUUUGCGAAACAAUAAAUUUUACAAAUGAAUGAUUAAA